AUGGCUGGCCCCCAAAGAGCACCAACCCCUCACCCUUCCCACCUCCAGACAUUAGAAGAGUGUUUCACGGCUGGGAUAAUAGAGAUGCCAGUUCCCAUUUGGCCUGUCCUAAGCUUCCCUUCCCAGCAGGAAUCUGAUGAGUCUUCUUUAGAGUUCCUUGAUGAAGGAGGUUUUCACUAUCCGUUCACAUCCCUCCUGCCAAAUGUCACUCGCCGUCCCUUCCUCAUCCCAGGACCCCCGGACUCCUCUAAUAGCGAUGCUGUAGUUUUGCACCAGUUUCCUGGUCCCCUGGAGGUACCUCACAGGUCGGAAGCGUCUAGUAGAUCCUACCAUGUGGCUCCUGCACAGGUAUUCCCAUCCUCAUCACCUAUGAACAUCUCAUCCUCCUCAAACCCUGAUAGUCCCGCUGCUGCAUCUACUCAUUCCCCCAGUAUGCCUCCUCUUGCCUCUAAUGCCUCUGACAAUGGUAGCCUGGACCAUGCCCCCAAUCUACAGCUACUAGCCAAUGUCAGUGAGUACAUUACCGUAUCAGAAGGGCAUAGCAGCAACCCCCAGGAGUUUGUAGUCUACAGCAACAAUAUCAUCCAGCGACCCUCCAACGAUGUUACCCGGUACUGGCGAUCCAUUCCCUUCGACACCUCCACCCCAGUUCAGGAUGUCAACCCCUUGGAACGUGUAUUACCCUACUUCCCCGGAGCAUAUGCUACCACCGUUACUCGACUGCCUAUGGGUGUUCCCAUUGAUGGCAAUCCUGCAUUUGGAUUACAAUGGGUUUUGACAACUGUAGCAGAUGUACUUCAUGCCGCAGAACCUGUAGGGAAUUGGAACUCUUCGGACAAGGAAUGGGAGGAGGACACUUGGGAAUACUUGCUGACGCGAGAUGAUAAUCUAUUGGAAAGCCUUUGGGCAUUGCUGCAGGACAUCAAGGAUCCUGGCGUGACUGAUGAAGUCGAUUGCUUCAGGGCUGUUGAUGCCAAGAUAGACCUCCUACUUGCCACACAACAAUCUAUAGGUGUAGAACUCAUUCGCGCACAAGGAGAAAUAGACCAGUGUCGAACUCAGCUUCAAGCUGCCAAUUUGGAGGAAUGUCUUGAACAACACAAAUUCUCCAUCAUUACUCCUCCUUCUGGCACCAUGCCCCAUUGCCUCCACUUCUGUACCAAAUGCGAGGUCAACGGCCACCUUCAAAACUCUUACAUCCUCAUCAUAAAUUCCACACCACCUCCAACAUCCAACCUGGACAACUUCCCUGUCCCACUGACAAACCUGGGUAUCUACAGGAGCAUUGCGCACAAUGGAAACUGUGAACAACAAAUCUGGAGGGGGGGGUAA